AUGAGUCUUCGAGCUCCUCAAUUGUUCCGACGAAAUGCACUUACUGUGGCCUGGGCUCAACGGAUUCAACAACGCGCAUUUCUACGAUUGGCCAAUCUGACCGCGUUUGUCGAGGUGCAAAAACUGGUCUCCGGUUUCGCAGAUUUGCAACACGAAUUGGAAAAAACCACAACCCAGUUGCACAUACUUCAAUCCCAUUUGUGGUCCGAUGAACGUGUUAUAUUGCAAAGACAACGGGUGGACAAAGACUGUCAAUUGGACAUGGUCCAAAAUAUCCGACUGUUGUCAAACAUCACAGCCAGAUUUCGAGGCGAACUAUGUCAGCUCCCAUUCACAGAUGGUCUUUAUACGGGCAAUGUGCUUCGAUGCGAGCAGUCUAGACAGAGUGAGGAUAGACCACGUGACUUGGAGGCCACUUUCAUUCAAGCAGUAUUGCAACUGAAAUCGCACCGACGCACCGAAUCGCAAAACCCGUUCACCAUGAGUGAAUCAUUCACAGAGUCUGUUCCGGGGCCCACAACUCAGCCACACUAUGACCGGAAGAUGACCGAUCGAGAAGCCCAUUACUUGGCCACCUCACAACCCGGUCUGUUAGAGCUUCAGGUGAUCAAUCUGUUCUUCUCUAGCACAUCCACAAGUCCUAGAUUGAAAGAUAUUUUGAGAAAUUAUUUACGUGUUUUGUCGGCUAAGCGAAUGCAAAUUCGGCCACGAAAGUCCAGUCCAUUACAGGCUCGAAAGGUGAGCAUAUCGGAGAAAAAACGACCUUCGGAAUUUGGUUUGACUCAGCUGACUGGAGAUUUAUGCUCCGAUGAAGUGCAUGACACGCUGUCCUCACGAUAUCACGAUUUUCUUGAGGAAUUGGGCGAGCGUAUCGCGUCGUGUUUACAACGACUGGACACAUUUUCAAACACGAUGGCGUCCAUAGUCGAGGCGAACAAAGCGAUCAUAACUGCAUUCAAAGUUCCUGUUUCCGAUUUGACGAGGAUACCGCAAUCCAGUUUGGUGGCAUUCACUAUUCAAGUGGAGACUGUUGGUGGCGGUUUAUCGACUAGCCGAAUGAUUUCACUGGAUACAGUGGUGAACCCAUUCAGUGAAGUUUUGGGCAUUUGCUUUGCCACCAUGGGCUUUCUAAUUCCCCUCCUGUUGCUCGUUGACUACGCAUUCAGUCAGAUGUAUCGUUCACAUUCACACAUGCAAGGAGAUUCGUGA